AUGCAGGAGGACAACAACACACUGUUCACCAAGGCAACCGUCACUGCUCCGACGACCGGCGAGCCUGCCCCAGCAUGGCGGCGCUCAGAUUCGAGGGCAAGACGGAAUGCCGGUCUCCGGGUAGCAUCACUCGGGCCCGCCUCGGCCUCUAUUCCCACAGAUGGGACGGACCAAUGAAGGGGAGACGAGUGUCAGUUGGCCAAUCCGGGCCCUAGCAACAGGCUGGAGUGCCAGAAUGGUUUGAAGUAG